CGGGGGCUGGGUGCAGGCUUGCGGUCGGUGGCCUCAGACCUAAGUGAAGCGAGCGACGGUCGUGCAGCGGUCCGGUCGGCGCCAUGUCGUUUUGCAGCUUCUUCGGGGGCGAGGUUUUCCAGAAGCACUUUGAUCCGGGUGUCUAUGUGUGCGCCAAGUGUGGCUACGAGCUCUUCUCCAGCCGCUCCAAGUAUGCGCACUCAUCGCCAUGGCCAGCCUUCACGGAGACUAUCCAUGCUGACAGUGUGGCCAAGCGUCCAGAGCACAACCGGCCCGAAGCCUUAAAGGUCUCCUGUGGCAAGUGUGGCAACGGAUUGGGCCACGAGUUCCUGAACGAUGGCCCCAAGAAGGGGCAGUCACGCUUCUGAAUAUUCAGCAGCUCACUGAAGUUUGUCCCUAAGGACCAAGAAACUUCUGCCUCCCAGGGGAAGUAGGUGGGCAGCCCUCGGCCACCCCAGAUGGCCACUGCAAGGUGGCCACUCGCUGGCCACCCUUCCUUGGAAUUGAAACCCUGGACAUUCAAACAGGGAAGGGGGUGGCUGAAACAUCAGGAAGGCUCCCAAGGCCUUGACCCUGCACUGGUUUUCCUUGGGAAAAGUACCGGUUUGCCACCGAUGGCCCAUAUCCUGCUGCCAGGACGGGCCUGCAGGGCCCCGUGUCAGCUCAUCUUGGCCUCAGGGAGGUGGGUUCUAGGCUUGGCUCAUCUGUGAAUGACACUGCACCCCGCCUUUACUUCUUCUCAGUCCACUGCCCCCUUCCUGCCUGUGGGGCCCAAUUCGGAGAUGGACUCUGGCCUUCACCAAGGCUGGUGCCCAUCUCCUGAAGCCAUGCCAGGAGACAACGCCAAUGGAGGCGGCCCCAGCCAGCUGCUCCAGCCUCAGUCACUGCAUGAUUCACUCUGGUUAAACCCUUCCAGGCAGCCAGAGUGUUGAAGAUCUGUGACCUGUGGUGGGAGUGGGAUGAGGGGACAGACCUUUGAUCUCUCAGAUACGAGAGGAGAAAUUCUGAACCGUGUUUCCCAAUCUGUGUGGCUGCUGCUUGCCUCACUUGGGCUGAGGAAAGCAUCUAUUGCUCCACUACCGUGACUGCCCAAAGUUGGGGGUUCUGGAGCUCACAGCCUACAGUCCACACAUUCCCAGGGCACAGCGGCCACGCUUCAUUGCACAUGCACUGAAGUUCUUGCCAUCUGGGAGGGUGGGUGAUGCUGAAACCCUCCUUCCCAUCUUGAAUCCUCUCUGGAAUAAUUUGGAGAUGAAUAAACAAAUGUAACCCAG